GGAAUCAGAAGCUUGUGAAGGUAGGAUAUUCCGGCGACGAGCUUGUCGGCGAUGGCGAUGUCUCUGGUUACUCCUUCAUCGUUUCUCCUUGUCCCGUUUCACAAACGCUCUCUCAUCCGAACAUCUUCAAUUCCCAGAACUCUAGUUUCUCUGACAACAGAAAUCCCCGAGUAUUCUCUGAUUUCGUCGAUUCCUCCGGCGAAUUUCCCACUCCGGACAAUCCGUUGCGUUUCCGGAGAGGAUUCGUCCGAUGAAAUCGCAGAGUCUCCCUCUCCCUCUACUUCGGUCUCUUCGAUCUUCGUGAAAGGGCUUGCGCAGUCAGUGAGUGAAGGGCGCUUAAGAAAGGCUUUUUCGGAGUUUGGAGAAGUUACCAAUGUGAAAAUCAUCAUAAAGAAUAGGACAAGACAAUCUCUGGGAUAUGGAUACGUCUGGUUUGCGAGGGAAGAGCAUGCGCAGAUAGCCGCGGAAGCCAUGAACGGCAAGUUCUUCGAAGGCCGGUUUAUUCUGGUUAAACUUGGUCAGCCUGGUUUGUCGUCCGGCCGCCGCAGCAACUGCCGGAGAUCGGAUUCCGAUUCUCUAUUUGUAAAACCAUAGUUUUACAUGAUUUUUUUUCCUUAGUGUUUUGGCAAAAGAGGCUUUAAACAUGUGUGAGGAUUACAAAUUACAAUGGCUAAAGUCUUUGCCUAUGGCUUCUUCCAUGCGACCAUAAUGAAAGAUUUUAAAAUAAUGCAUGUUUUUGUUGGUCCAAUCUAGAUAUAAAGUUUGCAUA